GUUACUGCUGGUGCUACAGAAUCAUCUAUGUUUAAUAAUGCAGUCAGAAGAAGAGGGACACGUCGCCCCAAUGGAUCUACAGAAUGGAUUCCAGAAGACGAUAAUAAAGGAAGAAGAUGAAGAUGACGAUUACUACUGUGAAGGAAGCUUAAUCCCUGUGGAACACGUCACCUCUGAGGAACAUCUCACCCCAGAGGACCAGCAGAGUGAAGGUUUCCAGAUGACGCCUGUAAAGAAGCAGGAAGAUGAAGAAGAUGAACCCGCUGUAGAACUGAACGACGGUUCCUCCUGCUCCUCGUGUCCACUGUCCUGUACCACCCCAAAUCACCUCCACACUCAAACCCAGACGUGCCAUACUGACCGAUUCGAGACCCUGGGGAUCGUCAUCAAGACCGAACGUGAGGAUCUGGCGCCCACCAGAGGCUCCGGUAAUCAGCAAACGUCCUCUGGUACCGACGGGGUUAACGCUCUCAGCUCUCGGCACUCUCUCAAAGAACACCAGCGCGUUCACGCUGGAGAGAGAGCGUAUCAGUGCUCGCAGUGUGGGAAGAGCUUUAACACACACACCCAUCUUAAACUCCACCAGCGCAUUCACACCGGAGAGAAACCGCACCAGUGCUCGGAGUGUGAAAAGAGUUUUAUCGAUCAGUGUGUUCUGAAAAUCCACCAGCGCGUUCACACCGGAGAGAGACCGUAUCAGUGCUCGGAGUGUGGGAAGAGCUUUAGUCAGCUGACCAGUCUCAAGAGACACCAGCGCAUUCACACUGGAGAAAAGCCGUACCAGUGCUCGCAGUGUGGGAAGAGUUUUAUUGAGCAGAGUAAUCUGAAAAUACACCAGCGCAUUCACACCGGAGAGAAGCCGUAUCAGUGCUCGCAGUGCGGGAAGAGCUUCAAUUCACACAGUAAUCUCAAAAUCCACCAGAGCGUUCACACCGGAGAGAAGCCCUACUGUUGUUCACUGUGUGGGAAGAGCUUUAAUACACACAAUCGCCUUAAGAUACACCAGCGCGUUCACACUGGGGAGAAACCGUAUUGCUGUUCACAGUGUGGGAGGAGUUUUAAGCAGCAGAGUAGUUUCAAAAGACACCAGCGCAUUCACACCGGAGAGAAACCCUAUCGGUGCUCAGAGUGUGGGAAGAGCUUUAAUACACACACUCAUCUAAAGCUCCACCAGCGCAUUCACACCGGAGAGAAACCCUAUCAGUGCUCGCAGUGCGGGAAGAGCUUUAACUCGCAUGAUCAUUUUAAAAGUCACCAGUGCAUUCACACCGGAGAGAAACCGCACCGCUGCUUACAGUGUGGGAAGAGCUUUACUCACCAGAGUAACCUUAAAAGACACCAGCGCAUUCACACCGGAGAGAAAUCACACAAGUGCGCGCAGUGUGGGAGGGGUUUCAGUACGGGCGGUCAUCUUAAACACCACCAGCGCAUUCACACUAGAGAAAAACUGUAUUGUUGCUCCAAGUGUGGACACUGCUUUGCUUAUUUCUCCACACUCAGGAGACACACGUGUGAGGCAGAACCAUCAAAUAGUGGUUUAAAUAAUAGCCUAGUGGUUAAGGUACUGGACUAGUAAUCAAAAGGUUGCUGGUUCAAACCCUACCACUGUCAGGUUGCCAAUGUUGGGCCCUUGAGCAAGUCCCUUAACCCUGAAUUGCUUAGACUUUAUGCUGUAACUCUACUGUAAGUCACUUUGGGUAAAAGCAUCUGCUAAAUGUCGAAAAUGUAAAUAAAGUUUCACAAGCCAGUGACUUUCUGUUUUAACCACUGCUGACCAGUUACUAGUGGAUACAUUUUGUUCAAUAAAUAAAAUGAAAAUGUGAUUGUGUAUUUUUGUUUUUCA